UACGACUAAUUAGUAGAUGAUAAAAAAUGUGAUAGAAAAUGCUGGGUUUUUCUCUGAAUGUCUCCAACUGCACGUGGUAUGGAGCCAUAAAGCUGCAGGUUAGAAAUAUUAAUGUGUGAAAUUUGAAAUUAUUGGCAAGACAUCAAGCAUAAUAAUAUGUAAUUAUGGUCCUUCCACAAAUGAGGUGGUAUUAUUGCUGCACAGUGUUUUGGCUGUGUAUAAAAGAGUUUGGAGUGUUACAAAUCAGGUAAGGUUUUCAGUUUCAGAAGAAACAAAAGUUUUUGGGUUGGGAUGUCCUUUGAUAAGAGAAAGUGGUGGAGGAUUAGAAAAAUAUCAGAGCUGUUUUAGUGGGAUUUGAAAUGAAGUUGAGAUUUGUAGUUUGAGAAGAAACAUAAGUAUUAGUGCAUGUAAUUUUUGGAUUCAAUUGUGUAAGAUUUGUAUUUAACAAAAUUUUAGAUCACAUUCUGUGAUCUAUUAUUAUCAGUUUAAAGAAACGAUUAAGAUUUAUUUUUUAUCAAUAUUUUGAAUCACAUUUGGAAACUCACCAUAUCAUCUAUGAGUUUGAGGAGACAGUUAAGUAAGAGAUAAGAUCAGUUUAGUGGGAUUUGUUUCCCUGAGUAGCGUGCGCGCGUGCCUGGAUUAGGUCAGAGGGGCAGUUGAACGCAUGCUGUGAGUCUCGGGAUUUAAAGCAAAGAAGUUAAGUGGUGGUUUAGAAAAGAGGAGAUGUGGACUCGUGUAUGGAGGUGCUUGUGGUUGGUUGUUACACUUAUGUUGUACCGUGCAGGUGGAGUUGUGCUUGGAGGAGUGGAGGUGGGGGAGUACUUGAAGGAUAGAGUGGUUGGCCUUCCUGGCCAGCCCAAAGUGUCCUUUGAGCAAUAUGCUGGAUAUGUCACAGUCAAUACCAAUGAUGGCCGAGCUCUUUUCUACUGGUUGAUGGAGGCAACUCACACUGCUAGCUCUAAGCCUCUUGUUCUGUGGCUUAAUGGAGUUUACCUGAUUGCAGGUCCAGGGUGCUCGUCGGUGGCAUACGGAGCAUCCGAGGAGAUAGGUCCCUUCCGCAUAAACAAGACUGCCACUUCUCUUUAUAUCAACCCGUACUCCUGGAAUAAAUUGGCCAACUUGAUUUUCCUGGAGUCUCCGGCUGGAGUGGGAUUUUCAUAUACGAAUACAAGCUCAAAUUUAAAAGAUACGGGUGACGAACGCACUGCUGAGGAUUCGUUGAUUUUCUUAGUCAAGUGGUUUGCAAGGUUCCCUCAAUACAAAUAUAGAGAAAUGUACAUCACAGGAGAGAGUUAUGCAGGACAUUAUAUCCCACAACUUGCAAAGAAAAUCUACGAGUACAACAAAAGGCUGUCUAAGCCCUUUAUAAACCUCAAAGGUUUCAUGGUUGGCAAUGCGGUUACAGACGACUAUUAUGACAACCUGGGCACUGUAAAUUAUUGGUGGAGUCACGCCAUGAUAUCUGAUCAAACUUAUCACUCCAUUCUCAGAAACUGCAAUUUUAGACUGGAAGACACUUCUCCUACUUGUGACUCUUUCAUCAGCUAUGCAAUGAACCAGGAGUUUGGAAACAUCGACCAAUACAGUAUUUACACUGCUCCUUGUGGCAAGUCUAGCGGAGAUGGGAAAAAAUCAUCUACAAGAUUUAAGAAAUCGUUGCUUACAUUGAGAGGUUAUGAUCCUUGCACGGAAAGUUAUGCUGAGAAAUAUUACAACAGAGCCGAUGUGCAGAAAGCUCUUCAUGCCAAUAUUACAGGGAUUUCAUACAGUUGGACUGCGUGCAGUGACAUUCUCAUACGCAACUGGCAAGAUUCAGACUUCUCUAUCCUACCAAUCUAUAAAGAGCUAAUUGAGGCUUCCGGACUCAGGAUUUGGAUGUACAGUGGAGAUGCAGAUUCAGUAGUACCAGUUACAGCAACAAGGUUCUCCCUUAAAAGACUUAAUCUUACUGUGAAAAGUCAUUGGUACCCAUGGUACUACUCCAAACAGGUUGGAGGAUGGACAGAAGAAUAUCAGGGUCUAACCUUUGCCACCAUUAGAGGAGCAGGGCAUGAAGUUCCUCUUUUCCGACCUAAAGCUGCCUUACAGCUAUUCAAAUCAUUUUUAUCUGGACAGAAUUUGCCUGCAAAUCCAACUGUAUGAUCAUAAGUGACAGUUUCACUGUAGUCAAGUAUUUUUUUCUGUUUCCACUUGAUUGACUAUAUGUAUUCUUUUAGAUUUGAUUUUCUUUUGGUUCAAGAAAAUAUUCAAAUAUUUUUUCCCUUGGAAUAGUGCCAAGGAGAGGAGGAUUUUAGUUUUGUGAGUGUAUUGAUUGGCCAAGGAGAUGAUACAUCUCAAAGUGUAAUUUGGUCAAGAGUUGAUAGGCCUCAAAUUGUAAUUCGGCCAAAGAGUUGAUACGUGUCAAAAUGUAAUUUGAUUAUAUUGAUAUUUUAAUUAAAAUUAGUUAUUUGUUUA